AUCAGUACGCUGUCAAUCACUAGGGAUCUUAUGACAGCUUGUACCUUUCCCAUAAUAUUUUGUUAGCGAAUAAAGUUAUCUAAAACUGGUUUUUUCAGCUCAUAGGCUCGGGACCCAUGUCUGGCGACAGGAAAUAUAUAGUUGUUAGGGACCCUGGUUUGGAUAAAAUGAGAUAUGGAGCCAGUCGGCUUUCCACGAAACCGAACUUACAUUAAACUGUCAGAAUUCUCUUAACCUUUGUUUUGAAAGUGUUAUCGAUGUUUCCAACUGAAAUGCCAUGAGCAUGAGUGGGGUUUUAACGUGAGGUGGUGUCUGGUUUUAGAGGUAAAUGCUGACGAGAUUCAUAUCAGAUUUCCAAUAAAAAAAAUAUUUAAAAAAAUCUGGCGAAUAAGCGUCUACUUUUUAUGGUAAGAGGAACUUCUCCAUGUUAUUACAACAAUGGCACGGGUGUCUAUGAGACAGCCUGCUCAUAAAUACGGCCCUGAUCCUAUAACGUUAGUUUUAAUGCGUCAACCCAUACUGAUACACAUGCAUAAGAGUUUCUGAGAAUAUGAAAUGGAAUGAUCAUAGAGUCCCAGCCAUAAAGUGGCAAGCUUCGUUUCCCAGACGGCAUAAUGAGAAAACGCGGUCAACCUACGUAGGACAUUCCGUACUAAACACUGGUACGAUCAACCCCAAAAUUGUGCUUUAGUGUGUGGAACCCAUAUCUUGUAUUGUAAUUUUUCAUGGAGAGUUAGCUAUUAAACAAUGGAACUUGUGGUCCACGUAUUCGUACCAUAGUAUCGACGAGUAAUAAGACAACGCGUACGGAACUUGUGCUGCUGACAUAACGCGCGCCAAGAGUCUGACGCUUAGCGCUUGCCAUUUGUUUGGUUUAAUUCCAAAUGUUUCCACUAGGUGCUAGGGUGGUAUUAUGGAUUCCCGACAAAUUUUGAAGAUUGGUGAAAUAUGUCAGAUGUUUGAAAAAUUACUAAUAGAUCCUACGAAGUGAACUGAAAGUGCAAGUAAGAUGGUGUGAAUCGCGUAUAUACGGACGGCAACACCAGGAGAAGAAUGCCUACAUUUUUAACGCCGAAUCGCCAUGGGUAUUCGGUUCGUUUUUCUCCAUUCCAUCCUGAAAGAAUAGUAUGUGCAACAUCACAGUAUUAUGGAUUGGCUGGUGGAGGAACACUGUUUCUCCUGGAGCUGACACCUGAUGGUGGCCUUGUGGAAGUGUCAAGUGUCACAUGGCCAGAUGGACUAUUUGAUGUUGUAUGGAGUGAAACUGAUGCCAACAUUGCUGUCAGUGCAAGUGGGGAUGGAGUCCUGCAGCUAUGGAAUGUCGCUUGCCCACAGCUACCUCCGCAGACUUUCAGGGAGCACAAGAAAGAGGUAUACUCUGUGGACUGGAGUCAAACACGGCAAGAGCAGUUCAUCCUUUCUGCUUCGUGGGACUGCAGUGUGAAACUGUGGGAUCCAAACCGUUCAAACUCUCUGGCAACGUUCUUGGGACACUCCCAACUAGUUUACAAUGCUAUGUGGUCUCCACAUGUUCCUUCAUGCUUCGCCUCUGUGUCAGGUGAUGGAACGCUGCGAAUAUGGAACUCGCAUAUGCCACAACGUGCUACAAUGACAUUACGAGCACAUGAUGCUGAGGUGCUUAGUUGUGAUUGGUGCAAGUACGACCAAAAUAUUCUAGCCACAGGUGGUUCAGAUGGCCUCAUCCGGGGGUGGGAUCUCCGUAGUUUCUCAAUGCCAAUCUUUGAGCAGAAGGGGUGCGAAUUUGCAGUUAGAAGGGUGAAGUUCUCUCCACAUCAUCUCUCAGUAUUAGCAUCUGUUGCGUAUGAUUUCACUACAAGGAUUUGGGACUUCAAAGUAUCAUCAGAAGCAGUGGAGACAGUAAAGCAUCACUCAGAGUUCGUGUAUGGUUUGGACUUCAAUAGCCAUGUGGUAGGACAGAUUGCUGACUGUGGAUGGGACUCACUCGUUCAUGUUUUCAACCCUCGUUCUCUCAGUACCGUGCCAUCCAUUCCUAUAAAGUGAAUCAUUCCAGUUUUCUUUGUGGUUUUCCUCCUCCUAGAAUUUGUUUGUCAGUGCAUCAUCUGGUACAUAGAUCCCUGCCUCAUAUUUAAGUGGAAAUAAUGUAAUCAUUAAUGAAAUUAUGAAGUAGGGAUGAUGGAAUGUGAUGCCAAAGAAGGUGACCACUCACCUACAAUAAUGAAGUUCUGAGCCAUGAAUGUGAUCCACACAUUAGAGUAUGGGUAGAUGUAUUUUGUUUGAGUCUGCAGAAUUACACAUGAGCUGUAAUAGUAGCUGGUAAUGACCAACAACUAUGCGGAUACACCACUGUCUUAAAAAUAUUCAAGCUACUUUACUUAUUAUGGUAUUGUUUUGCUUGCUAAUGAAGUAGCGAUACAGCUUUUGAGCAUAUGUUUUGGAAGCUUAACACUCAUAAGCUAGAUUUACUGCACUGGCUUUGAAUAAAGCAGUCAGAAGACAAGUUAUGUAAGCUUUUCAUCCCAAGAUCUUUGGUGAAUGACUUGUCAUGUGUAUUCCUCCAGAUAAAAGUUAUAGUACCUGUAGCCUUUUUAAAUAAAUUCACCAGCAGAAAUAGUUUGUGGAGACAAGGAGAUUUCUAUGAGCUGCCUUAAUUAUAAUGCAAAAACUAAAUUGUUUUCUUUGCAACUGUAUACAUCACUGUUCAUUUUCAUCUUAAAAUUUGAACAUUUAUUGUAGUCUGAGCACAGUGCACACAAGAUUUUAGACUAUUUCAAACUGUGUAAUAAUAAAAUAACCAUCAGUCUAAUGUUUUAAUAUUUUUCCUUACUCAUUUUGUUUAAGUUUACAAACCUUCAAAGUCAGAUACAUAUUUGUAUUUACUCGUUGCUGGUCAUUCUCUCUAAAUACAGUGAUAUGUCACACAAGUUAAAUUUUUUUGGGAUUCAUAUCUCUAUUUUAGUCGUUGUAAUUGUGCAUAACCAUGACUUAAUUGUUUAAAACAAUAAAAUAAUACUAGUGAUCACUCUAUUCUUAUUCAGUUCUUUUUAUUACUCUUUGUACAUGUGGUCAUAUCUAUUCAUGACUAUAGAUUUUUUACUUCAUACUGAAGAAGGGAGUGGUUUUUUUUGAAGAAAAGAAAAGUAAAAAGUCAACUACUGUAUUGAUUACUAUUAAUUGAUUCAGGUUUCCAUGUUUAUCAAAUCUCCUAAUUAAUAAGUACAUUGUACAGUUUUUUGUCAUGUAUUUAUUCAACGUGAACAGCAUGGUGGCAUCAAUUUUUGUACUUAUUCAGUGAGACACUUUUCUCCUUUAAGUGUUAUAAUAUGCAAAUGGGAAGAUGUCAGUGUCAUGUGGUUGAAGAUGGAUGUAUGUAUAUCAACAUAACUUCUGAAGUUUUCCAAUAUUUAAUUGCACAAGAAACAGAUUAAAUUUUACUUUUACCUACAAUAUUUCUGUAACUUAAUUUAUAAAUCUAUCUGCCAUUUACCGGUGCAAUAUAAAUGUUAGCCCCACCUUAAAGACACAUGAGUAAUAGUGUGAUGUAGCAUUUCACUAAAUUAAUGCUGGAAUUGUUUUGCAUCUCUGGAUCUUGAGUAUGUUUAAUAGACCACUUCUUACUUAAUAGAUGUUAUCUCAUAUUUGGUUUUAUGGCACUUGACAGGACUUUCACCACUGUUGAAGCUGAGUGUAAGCCAAAACUUAUCUUGUUUAUCUGUGUUAAUGAAGCUCUACAGCUUUUCCAUAACUGGAGAGGCUGGUUCAAUCAACAUGUAACACAAAGACAAGGGCAUCUCCUUUAUAACAGUAUCUAGUGGAGCAUUAUGAAACAAGGCUGUCUUCAUAUUUUACAGCUGCAUAAUUUUAGUUAAAUAUUUGGCCAUACUAUUUUCAAAAUAAUUAUUACAAAAAUGUGAACAACUUCAGUAUAAUUAAUAACAGAAAAGCAAGCCUUGCAUGCAGAAGAAUCAGAAUCUUAGCUUUGCAAUGAAACCAUUGAGUCUUAAGAUUGUGAGACGAUUGCUUUUUUUUUGGGGGGGGGGGGGGAGAAGAGACAGGAAAAUAAUUAUUUUCCAUUGUUUUUGAUUGCACAUGCUUGCAUUUUGAAACUAUGGUUUUAAAUAGUUUCAAUAGUAUGUCACUUUACAGUUAUUGGCCUCAUCCUGCUAUGGAAGCAACAGCUUGAGGUUUUUUUUUUUUUUUUUUUUUUUUUUGUAGUUCUUUUUUUCUUUAAGGAAUGCAAUGCAUUCUGUAAUAUGAUCUCUACCGUCCCUUGCCCGAACAUAAGCUGUUGAACUAAAUAAGCUCUCCUGCCCUCCACAAUCUCAAAGUAAUCUGCACACAUUCCUUAUCACAUAAUGCCGGUUAGAGUUAAGAAACAGACACAUAAUUAACCAACUGGCUUAACAGUUGCAAACAAGCAAGUCUAAAUCUAUCUACAAUUUACAUAAACAAUGACAUUUUUUAAAUAUGGUACAUUCCAGUAUAACAGCAAGAUUUCAACAAAUGUAUGUUUACAUUCUAAUGGGCAAUAUGGUACCGUGCUAUCCACAUUACAAGAUGCAUAUUUCCCACAUUUGGGUUAUAAAUGUGUCACUGAUAUUUGUGUCAUACACAUCCACAUCAUAUGUACCUAUGAGGUUAGACAUUUUCUUCAUAAUAUUUCAAUAUUAUGGUUACAGAUAAUCCACUAUUUAUUUAUGUUGAAAAAAAUUCAUUAUCAUUUUUCUGAGCUGGAUAUACACGGUAACAUUAUUUUAGUUUAACUAGAUUUGACUCAUCAAGAAUAAUUACUAUUAGGUUAGAGACCAAGCUACUAUUCAUCUGUUUUUAAUGAAUUCAUGUAUUGAACUGCCAGUUUUGUCUCAGAAUUGCUGUGUAUAGCGUGGCUGAACAAAGCAAUAUACAAUUUAAGAAAUGGUUUUUAUCCAGUAUGGGACAUAUAAUGUAUGUUUUAUUUUCCUUCAUUCCCUCAUUUAACAUUAUGGGAAAUAAUUGUCAUGAUAGAGUUUUUCCUGGGUUUUUUACUAAAAGUAGUCGGUUACAUGUAUUCAUUUCAUCUGCAACUCUAAGCUCCCUAAUGCAGAACAGAAAGAAGUCUGAAGUCAUGGAUGAAAAGUGUUUACACAUUUUGGAGUUUGUCAUCAUGUGAACAAACACUUUGAUGCAGUAGCAGCGGUAGCAACGUUACUUUCGGGAGUGUUACCUGCCUUUGCAUUGUAUUCUGAAGUUUGUCACACAAAAUAUUUAAGCAUUUGUUGCCUACAGAAGCCAGUCUUGAAUUGAUAGGUGCUUUGAAUGAAUAACAAAAUAUGAAACAAGCCUGUCUUCAUCACAUGUAACAAAAUAUAGUUACAUCACUAAUAUUUUUAUCUGUGGGUUUACUGUGACUAUAACUCUUAGGUUAAAGUUAAAGGAUAACCAACUGUCUCUGAGCAUUUUAUUUUUAUUGCUUCUUCAAUGUCCAACCCACUUCAGAGUUAAACUCUGUUUUCCAUCAUUGCUGUUUGGGUUUUCCCGUAGUAAGAAACAGAACUAAGACAGCUGCUAUUCUUGCAUUCUGGACUUAAUUUAACACAAAAGUAAUUGUCAACAUAAAUUUAGAUGUAAAUCUUUCUUUUGUUACUGAAUUUAUGCCAUUUGCAACCUUCAGUUGAUGAUCCAAAUACAGAGGUAUUUCACCAGUACAUAUGCCAAACAUUCAGUGGCAGAAUGAAGGUACGAACUGAGAAUUCACACAUAUAUACAUUCAAGUGCAUUAGAUGUAAUUAUCUUGCAAAAGUAACAGUCUUUCACUUUCUUUCUUUACGAAGCAUGUUAAGCUGAAAACCCGAACAGUAGUUCUAGAAAGGGUGUUGCACAUGGUAGGCACAAUAAACACAGUGAUACUCCCUGCAUUGUAUGGGAUGGGAGGAGGCCGGUCUGACACACACACACACACACACACACACACACACACACACACACACACACACAGAGAGAGAGAGAGAGAGAGAGAGAGAGAGAGAGAGAGAUUUCUCUUGCCUCCUCCAUGCAGCAGACCAUUUGAGGUACUUUAAUCAAUACCUUUCACUCCCAACAGGUCCAAAGAAUUUGUGAGAAAGUAGUAGUGCCUCACAGAAUUGAGUACUGUACAAUUAAGUCCCAUAGGGGUAGCAGGGAUACUGGUGUUAAUACUCCAUAGCUCUGCCAGCUUUGUAUUUUGAAAUGCAGUAGGGUUUUUAUCUGAAAACACAAUUGAAAGUCAGUUAUGAUGCUAACUUUUCAUCCUAUGCAUUUGUCCAGUACAGGAUAUCUGAAAUUAUUUGUCAAUAAUAUGACUUCAUUUUUUUGCAGUCAAGUUAUAUUGUUGUUGCAUCCACAUUGUUAUAAGACAUGAUCAUUUGUUAUGCGGUGUUUAAAGGAUAUGUGAUAGAACAAGUGAUAAUGACCUUCUGUCAAGAAAUUACUUGGCAGAGAAAUUCAAGUUUAUAUUAUGUGAAACAUAAAAUUGUUCCUUAUUCUGUACCUUUGGGGAGGUGUUCAGUACAGAUUACCAAAUAGUGAUAUACUGCUUUGACGUCAUUACAUGAGAAAGGUGGAUAAUCCUUUUGAAAGUGACAAAAGAAAGCUUCAUAAAUGGUAAUCUGAGCAGAAUACUCAGCAGCAUGUAGCAACAAAACAAUGGAAGGGUUCCACACAUUGUCAGUAAUUACAAUCUUCAGUUUCUUACUAAUUUAAAUUUGUUUACCUUCUGAGAUCAUUCUUGGAAUAUUUUUAGCAGCACAAAGCAGGAUGUCAUAUAAAACUUGCAAAACAACUGUGUCAUGUACAUACACUAUUUUAUUUAUUCUUGUUACAGAAUUAUUAAUAAUAUUUAUGUUUAGAAUAUAUUGCGUGUUUCCUAGUUUUUCAGUUUUAACAUCUGGAGUACUUACAGCACAGAUCUGUUAAAAAAUGUAGCUUUUAUGGAUUACAAAGAUAACUAGAUAAUUACACAGUUGUAAUGCAUUGUAAUCAUUUGAAGUGCAUACAAAAUUAAUAACAUCAAGCUGACUUAUUGUCUCCUGAACUAAGUAUUUUUAAAACUGAAGUUGCUUCAUUACUGUAGUCUUUUAGGUUCUUUGAACAUGUUCAUGGUUUAUAACUAAUGGUUCAUAAACCAUAUAAGUUCAUAUAUAAACUGAACUGACUUCAUAAGAUUUUCAUUGUAGAAAAUUAAGAGAGUCAGAAUGACAAGGACAGAGACUACAGAAAAUUUGUGGAAUAAGUGAAAAGAAUUUUGAAGUCUAUUUCCAUUACAGAAAUUCACUAAACUUAAGACUUGGUAACAGAAGUUUUAUUUAUUGUUAAAUGAUAUUGUUAAUUUUUAAUGUUGAUUUAAAGGUCCACACACACUAAUUCCAUAAGACUGUUAUUGUGUUUUUAUUGUUUUUGUAACUACAGAAGUUUAUGGGGUUAUGCAACUAAUGAAUCCGAAUUAUUUGUGUAGAAAAUUUGUAUAGACUGAAAUUGUUGAUUGAAAUAAAAUAGUACAAUAAUGAAA